AUGGCUAACACUAAAAUUGUGGCACUUGGGAUUUUUCUAGUCUUAUGCAUAAAUGGACUAUCCCAUGCUGCAAGAGUAAUUAGAUAUUCUAGUGCUAAAGGUGAAGGAGAAGGUGGAGGAGAGGGCUCUGGAUCUGUAAGUGGUGCUGGGUCGGGUUCUGGGGGUGGCUUUGGUGCUAGCAACACUAGUAGUUCCGGGGGCUAUUUUGGGACAAGUAAUGCACAUGCUAAUGCUGGAGGUGGAGGGAGUGGUGAUGGUGGUGGACCAUUAGGAAGUGUUGGGUCUGGUUCUGGGUCUGGUUCUGGCUCUAGCUCAAGUAACAGCUCAAGCGUAAUGAGAGCAUGGUAUGGUGGUGGAGAAGCUAAUGCGGGUGGUGUUGGUGGUGGCAAUGGUGAUGGAUAUGGCGGUGGUUACUCAGGGUCCUCUGGUUAUGGGUCAGGGUUUGGAACCGGUGGAGGCUCUAGCGCAGUGGCUAUGGAUGGCUUUUACGGGGCACAUGCAAAUGCCGAUGGUGGUGGUGAUGGUACUGGAGUGGGACAUGGCGAAGCUGGUGGGUACGGCAAUGGUGGAGGGAGUGGAUCUGGGUAUGGUAAUGGCAAAUACCCAUAG